AUGGCUCAAACGUUUAAUGGCGUGGUGAAGGCCUGGGAUGAGAGCCAAGGUCUCGGUUUAAUCAGACCUGAUGGUGUUCAGGAUGGAGCCUUGGACAUCAUCGUCCGACGAUCAGUGCUCGGGGAGCAGCAGGUAGCGGUGGGCUGCACAGUGCAGCUCGAGGCGGACCUCUCCGAGGCCAAGAGCAGCUAUGAGGCGAUGAAGUGCAUCGUCGUGGCGCCCCAGGCCUACCAGGUUGAGACACCUUGCGGCUGUGCUGGAUGCGCUGGCUGCGCCGGCUGUGCUGGCUGCGGCAGCUGCGGUUGCGGAGGUUGCGGCGGGGGCAAUUGCGGCUGUGGAUGCAAUUGCCCUCAAGGCUGCGGAGGAUGUGGUGGAUAUUGCGAUGGAUGCGGAGGUUGUGGUUGCAACUGUGGUGGAUGCGGUUGUGGCUGUGGCGGUUGUGGUGGCUGCGGCAACUGUGGCUAUGGCGGAAAUUGCUGCGGGGGUUGCGGUUGCGGCUGUGGCGGGUGUGGCUGUGGCGGCGGGUGCGCUGGCUGUGGCUGUGGGGCCUGCGGUUGCGGAGGGUGCGGAGGGUGCGGAGGAUGCGGCUGCUGUGGAGGAUGUUGUGGAGGCUGUGGAUGCGGCAAUUGCUGUGGAGGCUGCGGCUGCACUGGGUGCGGUUGCGGCGGUUAUGGAUGUGGCAACAUGGGCUGCAUGCAGCAGAUGGGGCAACCGAUGGCUACCGUCAUGCCCGGCAUGGGCGGGGCGGCAGCUAGCAACUAUGGCAAGAUGGGCGGCAGGAGCUCAGAUCCCUGUGAGAACCUGUUUGUCACGGGUUUGCCGCCGGAGUUCAGCGAGCAGCAGCUUCGAGAGCUCUUCACAUACUAUGGCACCGUUGUGCGCUGCAAAGUUCUGCCCAACAACGGCAUGCAAGACAGAGCUGGCUUGGUGGAGAUGAUUGAUGUGGCCCAAGCCCAGUGGAUCGUGAACAACCUGAAUGGGAACACACCGGCAGGUUUGGCCGGGCCUAUCAAGGUGAUGUACUCCCAGUCCAAGUCGGCCAAGGGGCCGCGGCAGUCGCCCUACGAUCAGCCCGGCAACCUAUCAGGUUUGGAGAUAAAGCUGGCCACGCACACCAAUGAUUCCGGAAACAAGCUCUGGGUGGGACAGAUCCCUCUGGGCACUUCCAAGGACGUGCUGUGGGCCGAGUUCUCGAAGUACGGCCCCGUUCAAGACAUCUACAUUCGCGACGACGGCAAGGUCUUCGGGCGCAUGUGGGGCUUCGUGACCUUUGUGGACGCCAGUGGCGCCAACGAGGCAAUGUCCGCCUUCCAGUCUGGUGCCUUUGCGGCGAGUGCGCAGGCCGCUGGCUUCCAAGUCCCGCCCCCGCCGGCACCGGCGCCGGACCAGCCCCUGCAAGUUCGGCCACGAGCCGACAAUCCCAGCAAGCUGUGGGUUGGUGGCAUUCCCUUCGGCGCCACACAGAUGACAUUGCGGGAGGAGUUCAGCAAAAUCGGCCAGGCGAAAUGCAGUUUUCCCCUGGUCCCCAAGCGCCGGAGUGUACGUACUGGCUUCAGGCGGCUUCAGCUCAGCUUGUUUCCAAAUUUCAGGAUUCGUCGCAGACGGACAGCGGAAUGGGGAGUAUGA